AUGUCUCAACAAAGACAACCUCAUAUGAUGAGUGGUAACAACCAAGAUCAAUAUAGUGACACAACAUUUACCAAAAUUUUUGUUGGUGGGUUAGCCUGGGAGACUCAAAGGGACACAAUGAGAAGGUAUUUUGAGCAAUUUGGAGAGAUCUUAGAAGCUGUUGUUAUCACUGAUAAGUAUACUGGGAGAUCUAAAGGAUAUGGUUUUGUGACAUUUAAGGAUCCUGAGGCUGCUAUAAGAGCUUGUCAGAAUCCAUCUCCAGUUAUUGAUGGAAGAAGAGCAAAUUGCAAUAUUGCUUCUCUUGGUGCUAACAAGAAUAGAUCAGUAACUCUUCAACAUGGAAGGUUUAGGCCUCCACAUGGAGUGAUGGCGCCGGUUCCUUAUCAUGGAUCUUCAUCAUCCGCAAUUUUACAUCAACCCACUAGGCAGUACACAUUUCCUUAUUCAGCAUAUGGAUAUUCUGGAUAUUCACAAGACACUUUGUAUCCUGCUAACUAUUACAAUGUGUAUGGUGUUCAACAAUAUUCACCUUACUACCCAUCUGUUGGAGGUGCUGGAACAAUGGGGCUGGUCCAAAAUAUGUACCCUUACUACGGCCAAUAUGCGCAAAAUAUCCAUGGUCCUGGUUUUGGAGUUCAAUACCCUCAAAUGACACAGAUUCCAGUUUUGUCUCAGAAUUAUGGUUCCCCUGGAAUAUUGUCAUUUCCUUCUUCAACUGCAUUGCCGACCAUUAGUACAGUAGCCGCGACCGCAACUACCACAACAGCAACAACCGUGGCAGUAACAGGGGUUACAAGUUCACAAGCCACUGAAACAACAGACUCUGAACAACAACAACAUUCAACAAGUUGA